AUGGUCUACAUCAUGGAGAUAUACACCGACGGCGGCUGUCGAGGCAACGGCCAGUCCGGAGCCAUCGGCGCUGCGGCUGCCGUUCUGAAGAACAGAUACGGGAAAUACAGUGCCAGGACACAGUCCUUACCCUCAUACCCCCCUCCCACCAACCAGCGCGCCGAGAUCACUGCUAUUAUCCUGGCACUGAAGCAGGCCCUGGAAAAGUAUGACGAGUUAGACACGCGUCCACACUUGAAGGUCACGAUAUACUCGGAUUCCAAGUAUGCGAUUGGGUGUAUGACAAGCUGGAUUCAUAAGUGGACAAAGAACGGAUGGACCAAUGCUGCAGGCAACGACGUUGUUAAUCGGGAUCUGCUGGAAAAGGCUUCUGAUCUGGAUGAUAGAUUGAAAGAGGAAGGUGAUGUGGAUUAUGUCUGGAUUUCCAGGGAGAAGAAUCAGUUGGCGGAUCGAUUGUGCAAUGAGGAUAUGGAUGAUCAAUGA